CAUAUGUUGUAUAUUGCAAUCGAAAAUACUUUAUGUUUAGAACUUGAAUUAAUAAUAUGGGAAAUAACAGAUGUAAUCAAACAAAAAAAGUUUCUAAGAAACAAUUUAAAAGUGAACGUGAUGUUUAUGUUACAUCAAAGUCAAGUUUUGAGACACAAGUAAAGUACUGUACAGAUAUUUUCAAUACAGGCGAAAAAGUGAUAUAUCUUCAUUGCAUGGGAAGUUCUAUUAACCGUUGCCUUAACUUAGCUUUACACAUUACCAAAAAUUCCGGUCAGAGAUUAUUAUACUCUAUACAUACAUCAACAAUUCAAUUAAUUGAUGAAACUCAUCCUUUACACGAGAAUGAAGACAUUGCCUUAAGAACACGUUUUAAUUCUGCUUUACAUAUAAAGUUAUCACGCCAUCUAACGGAAUAAAAUUCGAUCUGCUUAACUAUGUUCAA